CCGAACCUCUGAACGAUGUGAGAGGAAUAUAUGGACGGACACCAAACGGACUGGGCAGAUUCGGCGAAAUCACGAACACGUGGCGGGACGUAAAGCGGGCGUUAAGCCUGCUAUGCGUAAAGAAAUUUUCCGGCAGCGCGACAAUGCUGGAGGCGCCGCCCGGAAGUCGAGAAGACCUCGUAGAGGCAGCAAGAACUCCUUGUACACCCACCGAUCUGGACACGAUGCUGUACGGAUACACGAAUAGCAUAUACGUGCUGGACCACACGCCUGAAUCCUUGCCGGACAUGGACAUGCUGCAGCUGUUCGCAUCUCCGGCAGGUCGAGCGUUACUCACGAGCGACAAUCGGCCGAGGGGAUCAACGUCAACCUCCUCCUUGUCUCGAGAAUCAUCGUCAAGGUUGAAGAGUAGCAGGAGACCAUCGGGCACCGGCACAGUCAGUGCACCCACGUCACCACCAAGACGGAGGAAGUCGAGCGCCGAACUUUACAAGGAAGCUGUCGAGAUCCUUGGCCUCACUUGCUCACUGACCGAUAGUUGCCGGUGCAUCGAUUGCCAGAGCAACUACUUUGAUUGCGACGACGAUUGCGCUGACGCCGGUACAGAACUGGCUGCAGGCACUCCUAUUCUAUUGGACCACGCUCUAUCGCAUCAUCUGACUGUGUGUUCCAUACAGUAGCAAACGACCGGUAGACGAAGAUUUCGAAAAAAUCGGCCCCUUGUUAGCCCGCUCUGCCAUACAUUUCAGAAGAUGAUGACGUCGACUUGUCAAUAUCUUCCGAAAAUUGCACAACAUUUGCGUUAAAAGCAAAAAUUAGCGAGACUGAAACCAGCGCGGCAACGAUAAUACAAUAGAGAUCGAAUACCGGAUAACAGGAAAAUUGAGUCGUUGUUUUGCAUUCCGCGAGUCUCCAUCGAGUUCAUACAAAUAUUAUACGUAUUUUCUCUUGCCAAGUAAUUUAUCUGACUCUUGUACGAUUAUUUGCUCAACCGUGUUCAUCGAAUAAAUGCGUCAGGUUUGACACAUGAUAUAUGAAUUAUUAUCCAGAUAUUAUCCAAACACGUUUGUCUCAUGAUAAUACAGUAUAAAUAUCGAUAAAUUUAUAAUAUCGUAUGCGAAGUAAGUUUUUGUAAAUUAUUUAUUCUGUAUUACAGUAGUGGCGCAACGACUCGCACGUUUGUAUUGUUAAAAAUUGCGUUCAGAAACGAUGAUGAAGUACGGCUCAAAAAUCGGACGAAUUUAAAUUAUGCCAAAACAGCGCCAAAAAAUUUAUAAUAGGAUAUCCUAAUUAAUAAUUAGCCUGCGCACCGCAUUCGUACCCCGUUCGGUCAUCCAUCAUCGGAUAAAUGUAUCGGUAUUAUCUAAUCGAAUCGUCGAUAAGCGCGGUGUAUAUGAAGUCUAUAUACAUACACAUAUGUUUGUGUGUUUGUAUAUAGAUAUAUACAUAUUAUAUUUACUACAUGUUUCAUUAUUAAUAUUUACUUAAAUCUAGCGAAAUGCAAUUGUUGAACAGUAAAUACGCGCAGCUGAAUAAAAGGACAGUCCAGGCGAUGGAAAUAAUUUCGCAUGACGUUAUGUAUAGACUUUACAUGUAUGUCACGCAGUUGAAUAUGUGUUCGAUUAAGUUUUCUAAAAUGAACCCCCCUCCUACUGAGAACUCUACGUUGAGUUGAGGAGACGCGAGUAAUAAUAUGGCGAGUAGGUUUUCUCAACCAAAACGUGCACAGCGCUGAAACGAGUGCCAUUACAAAGCAAAAUCUAGGCGAAUUUUCUAUUUGUUAUACAUAUAAAUGAGAUUUCUGUGAAAUAAUUAACAAAAAGGUUGAGGAGACCUCUCGCAACGUGUAAUUGUAAGCGAUGUAAACGAUAAACGAAGUUAGGCCUGAAUUACAUUGCGCACUUCGAACUAGGUGAUGCUAGAUUAAGGUAUGAACAGAAGAAAGCAUCGUACUUAUAUGAAGGAUUAAAAAAAAGCUUAGCGAUAUACUAACCGGGAUUUCAAAGAGGGUCAAGUGCCAAAUAAUUUAUUGCUAAGCUUGCCAGAUAAAUAAUUGAAUUGUUAAGGAAACUUUCGCGUGUAUGUUAAUUAAAACGUUGCGUUAUAUAUUCGGAUGCUCCAAAUAAAAUUUUAUACCGAGCUGGAACAAAAUAUUAAACUUUAGAUUUAAUCUAUAGGAAUCUGGUAUAUUCU